AUGUCUUAUUUUGGAAUAAUAAUAAUGAACUUUCUUGUCCAUUUUUGUGGACUUUCUGUGAAUGUGAUUGUUUCAAGAAUUUUUUUUGGCAGUUAUGAUGAAGUUAAAGUUUCUGCAAAUUAAAGUAUUCCUUUUUGAAGUUUAAUUGACUUUGUAGCACUGACACAUCUGGUUAAAGGCAUGUCUGUUCCGUUGUCCGACACAUGUCGUAAAUCUUUAUUGGUGCGAACGUGUCUGUGUCCGUGUUUUAAAGAUAAUGGUUCUGUAUGUCAAACUAAAACAAUGUACUACUGAUUUUUGUUUAGAUUAAGCAAAAUCGAUGAUUUACUUAAUAAGUAAGUAGUUUUUGGGGUUUGGUCUAAAAAAAGUUUACUGUAACUGUUCAAUUUUGCUUUUCCUUUUUCAUAGACUUAGCUUUUUAUCAAUAAAUAUUUAAUACUACUACUAAGUGGGUUUGAUUUUGAUGAUGUUCUUUUUUGGUGGAAUUCAUUUAUAUAUAUGUACCACAUUUUGCAUUGAUAGUUUUCCUAAUACAGUGGUGUCACUGCAACUGGCAGGAACCACUCAUCAUUUCAACUCCUAAUUGCUUUCUUCACCUUAAAGUUUGAGGCUUUUCCUUCUCAUUGUUACACAAAACUUCGAAAAAGAGCUUCACUUUCGGCUUGAAUUCGAGGGUUGGCUAUGUCAUUGAACCCUUUUUCAUCAUGGAACAUGUGGGGUGGUGGUGGUAGGAGAGAAAAUGAGAAAGAGCAAGUUUCUGAAUGGGGUGUUUCUUUGAAAGAAUGUGAGGUGGUGAAGGAAAACAAGAAGGUUUCAUCGCCAUCGCAUAGGAAGUUUGGAAGGAAAAGAGAGGAGAAAAAGGAAGAGAGAACAAUUGAUAGAGAGUAUGAUGUUGUGUUUGUUCCAUCUGAUGGUGGUGAUUGGUGUUUUCUGUCUGGUUCUGAAUCUGAUGACUCUGAUUGGUCUAUUGGGUGGCUGGAGCCUCUUGGUUCUGAUUUUGAAAGCAAUGAUGAUGAUGAUGAUGAUGAUUCUGGUGGUGAUAGUUUUGCUGUUUUGGUUCCUUGUUAUUCACCUGGCUGCAAGGAGAUUGAAGGCUCAAGCAAUGUGCUUUUGAAUGCCAUUAAGAACCUCCCUAAUGAAUUUUCUUCUGACGGGAAGAAUUACAUGGAACAAUGGUUGGCUACUCUACAGAAUUUUGGAGCUUAGAAUAAGAAAAUAACUUAUCCACGUUGAUGGUCCUUGGUAAUUAACUGCUACAAGUUAUAAAUAGCAAGUUAAUGAAGAAUGUGAUAAGAUCCCUAGGGGCAGGGGACCUAAACUACCUAGUCUAUUAGUACUAGUAUUAACUGUAGAUGCCACUUUCUCUCUAGCUGUAGAAAAUACAAAAGUAAAAAAAGAAAAAAGCUAUAAGCUAUAAGCUUUUCAGUUUUCUAUUUUAAGAGGAGUAUUAGAAUUCUAAUCACUGACAAACCAGUGUACAUUUGAAGAUAUUUAAUCUUAUUUAUAUUGAUUAAUGUUGCAAUAUGUAGUUGGCAUGAAAGAGUGGAUUAUCUACAUUUGGAGAUAUAUAUUUACCUUUCAUC